CCACGCCACGUGUUCCGCACCGGAAGCGCGCUUCCAGUCGCCCCGGCAACAGCCGUCCCCUUUGCGUCCCCCCACUCCCCCUCUGUCUCUCCAAGGAAAACUAGGCCCCUGCGCGGCCAACGCCCAGGAUCCGCAAGCUGCGCGCCCACGAGGUGACUUCGGGGACCGCUGGGUUUCCUUUGGGGAGUGAGGGAGGAGCUUAGACGCCCCGGGUCCUGGCUUCUUCUGAUGCGCAGAGAGCCGAGGUCUUGGACGUCACAUUGCUAUCAUAAUUAUCUUAAUCCCGCGACAAAAGGUGGGGCCGGAGGCCCAUGAGAUUUCUAAAUCAUUGCAGAUUAAUUGUGAGAGGGGACCAGUCCCAGAGGCUCUCAGCUCUGCAGUGCUUCCGAAUCACUGGACGACUCUUUAAGAAUUCUGAUCCCCGGGCCCCCAUCCCGGACCAAUUAAAUCCGAAUCUCUAAUAGUGGGGCCCUGGCAUCUGUAGUUUUUAAAGCUGCCCAGGUGAUUCUGGCGUGCCGAGAACCACCGUGUUAAGGUCUGUAGGUGAAUUCGGAUUUUGCCCAUCCAGCCCAGUGUCUGAAUAGAAGAUCGCCCAGGACAGCCACGUACUUGGAGGAUGUCUAGGAUAUUGGCCUCUCUGCUCAAAAGUUCGAGGUUUCUUUCUUUUCUCUUGCAUUUUAACCUCUGCAGGAGGUCAGCUUUUGGUGGGAGUUAUCUUGAGACAUCUGGCGCCUACAGUUUAUGGGCCUUGUGUCUCUGCCCACUUAUCAGUAAUGAGCUGUAGUUGAACCAGUGGCCAACGAAGUGCAUUUUAGCUCUGAAAUCUUGAUGUUCCCUUAGUACAGAUCAGAUGGUUCUGAACAAUUUAAUUUUUUUCAGGAAUGAUGUUUUUAAACUCGUUUGACAGGCUAGGCUGUGUAUUCAGCUGUUUUUCAUCUCAAAUCAGAACAAUAUUACUUAAAAAUCUAGACUAAAGAUUAGUAACGCAACACUUCUAGGAUUACUUAUGCUCACAGCCCCCAUGAAUUGUGAGAUGAGAGCUACCCUUUAAAAAUACUAUUUUUGCUAGCAUAAUUUAUCGGAAUAACAGUCUCUUUGUAAUUUCAAUGUGAACAGAAACCAUAUAUUUUUAAAGACUGCUGGGUAGUAACUUGGAAUAAGCAUAACUGAAAGCAAGUUCACAGGUGUAUAAAUCCCCUCUGUGUGUUCAUUGCUGUGCUGGGGAAGUAUACAAACUAAAGUUCCAGAGAGAAGUGUUCAUUCUGAAACUGUUCUGUAGAUGGUGAUUAAUCAUUUUGGGUUUUUUUUUUAAAGGAUAGGGUGAGAUGAGAAUGAUGGGGGAAAGUUUUGAACAGUUAAGGCUAGAGUGUAAAUUGGAGAGUUUGCAAAGUAGGUACAGAACUUUUUUUGAACAACUUCUCUACAAGAGGAAAUUCAGCCACGGAACAGCUGGACAAGUGAAAAAAGAAUGUAGUUGAUCAGAUAUCAGAUGAAUUGAAAAGAUCCUUGAAAACAUAAUGUAUUUAAAUAUUUGCUUCCUGAAAAGAUUUGGUGCUUUAAGUAAGUUUUUUGAGUUACUAGGUCCUCAGAGAUUUUGGGGAGUAGAUGUAGGAGGAGAGAACGUUAUCAGGAAACAACAGACAAGCUCAACAAUUUCAACAGCAUCUAAGAGCAUGAAAUAUUAGCUAUUAUUUUUAUGCUGGAAGGAAAAUAGGAAACUUAAAAGGAGUAGAUUGUAGAAUCCAUGCCUACAGGUAAUUGAGUAAGUGCCCAAGUAAAUGAGGCAUAGUGAGUGCCUAUAAAUUCAGAAAAGAGAGAUUAACAUGGAAUUACCAUGAAUAUGUUUAUAGAAAAAAGUAAAUUUGAAAUAAGACUCCUGAAAUGUACUAGCGAUCUUAACUACUUUAAACUAGCCAUAGUUUUUGCUGUUAUGCUCUUAAUUUGCAGAACCUGCCUAUUCAACCCUUAUUACCUUAUGGUCACACUAGGUUUUGCUUAUGAAGGACAUGCUUGCUGUUUCCUCUUUUGAACUGUGUUGUCAUUGUGUCAUUCUCAGUCAUCCCAUUGCUUGUUGUGUUCCUGAGUCAGAGGAUAACUUUGUUCCUGGCCUCAUAUUUCACUUUUGAUUCUGAUAUUAGUCACAUGGGGAUUCAGAGAACUUGCAAAUAAAUCCAUUCACAAAUUCAUCACACUUGCUGACAAAUUAAACAAUGCCCUUCUGUGGGUGGAAUGUCAUUUGUAUGAAAAAAAGAAUUGUUAACUACAUCCUUUCAGUCUUACUCCUUCCCCAUGCUAUGCCUUCUUUGUGACAGUACUUAUUACAACAUCCAGAAGAGGGUAAAUUGGGGUUGGGGAUUGAGGGAAUGAAAAGAAAAUAAAACUCAGUUUUUUGGCUCCCUUGCCCAUCAGUUUUAACUGUAGCUAUUAUAGACGGGGAGGUGCAGGCUUUCUGAACACAGCGGCAUGUGCACUUGAAUAGGCCUGUGUCCUGACCAAGAUGGAGCUUGGAUGCCUGCAGGUGGAAGAAGGCCAUUUGGACUUGAGCCAUCUUUGAUGUCCAAAUCACUAAGCAGGGACCAUGCAAAGACACAGGAGGGAGCCCAUGAGGGCAUCAAGCCAGAUGAGCUUGCCAGCCUCAGCAACCAGCCAGGGAUGGGGGCAGGGCUGCCCAAGUAGGUGGGGCAGGAAGCCCGGCCCUCAACAAAACCCUAUUAUAUUCUUUGUCUUAGUGAGGAAGUUCUUACUGUUGUGUGUAUUAUUGGAAGACAUCUUCUGUGAUAGGGUUAUUAUUGCAUGUACAGAGAGAUUCCUUGGAACCGCAUAUGACUCAAUGUAUCUCACUCAGAUUUCUCACCAUACCUUCACUUAUUUUGCUGCAGUGUCCAGCAGAUCUCCUUGAAACAGUGUGUACUGAAGACCUAACUGAAUCCUCCAAAUUACCUGGUUGGUUCAGAGAACCAAAUCACUGGAGCUUUGUAGGAAAGGUUUGACUUUCAGGGCUUUAGCCAGAGUAACUUAUUUAAUGAUUGGCUUUUAAUGUGUUUCUGUGCAAAGAUCAAAGCAGGUGAAUUUUCAUGUAUUUUUAGAAUUCUAGUAGAAAAGGAAGAUAGGAAAAUCUAGUUCAAGUAUACAUUCUACUUUUUAGGGGAAUUUGUGUUUUUAUUUUACUUUUUUGGUUGCUACGAUUUGUCCUAUAUUCUAUAUUUAUAAGAACAUAAAUAUGUAAUUAAAAGAAUAUAUUUGAUGGCACUACCUGUCAACAAAGCCACUUAUUUGUGAAAUUUUUUGGUAACUUGAUGGAAAUAGUCACAUUUUAUCCAUUGAAAACUACAAAGUUCUUAUGUAUUGUUCUUUAUGUAUAUUUAUGCAUUAAAAAUAGAUCUUGCAGGGUGAGCAGAUAUACUGAAGUGUAAAUCCAUUUUUUAAGAGAGGCUAUAUGGAAAAAUAUAUCAUUCAAGACUCAGUCUCUGCCUUGCCUGUAGGCCUCGUCAGUGUGUAGUGAAUGACCUCAACCCUGUUUUUUUCCUUCCUUCUUUGGUGGUUGAGGACAGACAAUGAAUGGUCUCUGUACUCGCCUGGGCUCAGCUGGGUGGUGGCCAUUAUGCCAUUGUGCUCACUGGAGAGGGCUGCCGGGUUUGUAGAGCUGCGGAUCCCGGCCUUCCCUGACAUUGCCAAUCUCUUUUCUUUCAGCUCCACCAGCCCAUUGGAGAAAAGUUACUGUUCGGUCCCUGAAGGCUUGUGCCGUAAAAGAGUGGGAGACAUUCCCAGGGAGUUUUGGCACCCAUUUGGACUUUCACAAUCAGAGAUGGCAGCGGUGAAGGCAUCAACAUCGAAAGCUACCAGGCCUUGGUAUUCUCAUCCGGUAUAUGCAAGAUACUGGCAACAUUAUCAUCAAGCAAUGGCUUGGAUGCAAAGCCAUCACAAUGCCUACAGGAAGGCCGUGGAAUCCUGUUUCAGUCUUCCAUGGUACUUCCCACCUGCACUACUUCCCCAAAGCUCUUACGAUAACAAGGCUGCGUAUCCUCAGUCCUUCUAUGACCAUCGUGUGGCCUGGCAGGACUACCCCUGCAGUUCUUCACAUUUCAGAAGAUCUGGGCAGCAUCCAUAUUACAGCAGUAGGAUCCAGGCAUCCACAAGAGAAGACCAAGCUUUGUCCAAAGAGGAAGAGAUGGAGACCGAGUCAGAGGCAGAGGUAGAAUGUGACCUGAGCAAUAUGGAAAUCACCGAAGAGCUCCGCCAGUACUUUGCAGAGACCGAGAGGCAUAGAGAAGAACGACGGCGGCAGCAGCAGCUGGAUGCAGAGCGCCUGGACAGCUAUGUGAACGCUGACCACGACCUGUACUGCAACACCCGCCGGUCAGUAGAAGCCCCAACUGAGAGGCCUGGUGAGCGGCGCCAGGCCGAGAUGAAGCGUUUGUACGGGGACAGUGCUGCCAAGAUCCAAGCCAUGGAGGCUGCAGUGCAGCUGAGCUUUGACAAGCGCUGUGACCGAAAGCAGCCCAAGUACUGGCCGGUCAUCCCCCUGAAGUUCUGAGCUCAGGGCACAGGGUACCCAGGCUCUCCUUCUUCCUUUUGGGUACACACUCUUUAUCUCUCCUUCUGUACAUUUCUUAGGGAAAGGGGACUUUGUACUGGGGUACAGGCAUGUUCACCACAGUCCCAGUGGGCCUGUCACGGGGUGGAUGUACUAUGCCAGCCACUUGGAGGUCUGCAGGACAUGUUCUGUUGCCAACAUGAUAAAUUUUCUCCUGACAUAAAAUAAUUUUGCAUAUACUAUACUGGUUUUUUAUGUUGUUGGUAACAGUUCAAUUCAUUAACGUUCUUGCAUAGAGAUACUGCCUGGUGUUUUGCUUUUUUAUCUUUUCUUGUCUUUAACCUGUCUGAACUACACAAAUGCCUUUAAAAAACCAGAUAUCCUCUCUGACUCUAGCUCCAUUAGCCCCCACUAAAAAUGAGCCAAGUGUGUAGUGAGACAAAUACCACCUCCUCUAGUGGAGAGGGAUGCAUGUUCUAUAAAGGACCAGCGAGUGAAUAUCUUUGGCAUUUCAGGCCACACGGUCAGUGUUGUGACUGCUCAACCCUCCCUUUGUAGUGUGAAAGCAGCUGUAGACAGUAAGUAAACAAAUGGGUGUGGCUGUGUUCUAAUAAAACUUUAUUUAUAAAAA